AAAAUCUCUUUCUUCUAUGUGAUCUUUCUUCACCAAACAAACAAAACCCCGAUUUGACCCACAAUAAUCAACUCAAACUCAGAAAAUAUUCUAACCCCGAUCAGUUCAAAACCCCAAAUCCGUACAAGCUGAAACACAAUCUCUUCUCCGAAUCUCAGAAAAAAAUUCAAACACAAAUCACUAUACUGCUCCAAAACGAACAACAAUGGCACUCAACUUGGGUCACUCUCAGACUUGAUUUAUACGACACCAUUGUCUAUAGCGUGUUUUCAUGAACCAAACUCUAAGAAUUUCAAUGCUUUUCCUAUGAAGAGAGGAGGCUGGAGGAAAUUAAUGCUCCUUUGCUUUAGCUAAUCUGUUGCAGAGGGGAAAGGGGACGGGGACUGAAAACCAACAGCGCAGGUAUUUUUUUAUUUUACUCCAUUCAACAUAUUUGUUUACUGCUUUACUCUAGGAGAUUGUAAACCUUGUUAAGAUUUUUAGUAUUUCUUAGUCAAUUGUCUUGUGGUCAUAUUUGGUUAUGUUCAACUUUUUGUCAUCUAGAAGAAUACUGUAUCUUUCUGUUUCUUUGAGAAUUCUCAACUUUCUUUUCCACAUUAUUCUUCUGGAAUGGUGUGAGUUCACUGAGUUGUGAUGUAGAUUUGAGGAUUAAGAAUUUCCAGUUAAUGAGAUAGAAUGAGAAAUAAGGCAUGUGUAGGUCAGUUUCUAUGAACAAGAUUAAGCCCACACACUAGUUUCCUUUACUGUUAGCCUUCACUCCACAUUCUGUUCAGGUCCAGCCGGGCGGACAGCAACUCUGUCAACAAUGGAAGAGGAUUAUCUCUCAUCAAACGCUAACAAUGGUGGAAAUCCUUCUGAUGCUUUAGAACAAGCCCGCCAAAGGAAACAUGCCGCCAUGCUCGAGCGCCUUGCAAAUCGUCAACACACUCGUAGAUCAGCAGAGUCCGAUGACUCCUCCACCUCUCCUGCUUUCGAGUCCACUUCUUCCUUCCUUACUCGCUUUUCUGAUUCCAAACGGUCCAUUGAGGCCCAAAUUGCGCAAUCCCGACUCACCCCGAUGCCCGAGACAACUCAGCUCAAACCCCAACUUGACGCCAUUUCAGCCUCUAUCUCCAGUCUUGAAAAGCUUGUCGCCGAGAAUUCAUACUUUUUGCCUUCUUAUGAGGUUCGGUCAUCCCUAAAAGCAGUUUCCGAUUUGAAACAGAGUCUCGAGAGUUUGAGCGCUGAUCUAGUUCCCAAAAAGAAAUUCUCUUUCAAGAACAAAGCUCCAAAGAAAGAUCCUGCUCUUGAUUCAAAUAGAGAGAAGAAAGAGACUGAAAUUGUAAAACCAGAGAAAAUGUCCUACACGGUUCCGGAUUCGCCAGGAUUUCGAAACAAGACUAGAGAGGUCUUGGUGAUGAAAUUCAGUGGUUCUGAGAUUGGUGAGUUCACAAUUUCGGACCUUGAUUCGUGCGAGGUGAGAUUGAUAGGUUGUGUUAGGGCAUUAUUUGUUCACAGACUUCGGAAUUGUCGAGUCUAUGGUGGUCCUGUUAUGAAUUCAAUUCUGUUUGAGCAAGUUGAGGGGUGUGUUUUCGUAAUGGCAUCUCAUCAGAUUCGAAUUCAUCAUGCCAAAGCCACUGAUUUUUAUCUCAGAGUCAGAAGCAGGCCCAUAAUCGAGGACAGUAGUGGUGUGAGGUUUGCGCCAUACUGUUUGAGCUAUGAAGGGAUUCAUAAAGAUCUUCAGGAAGCCAGCCUUGCUGAAGAGACUGGAAAUUGGGCCAAUGUGGAUGAUUUUCGGUGGUUAAGAGCAGUUCAGUCUCCCAAUUGGUCGAUUUUGCCAGAGAAUGAAAGAAUUGGUUUAAUCAACAUUUCAAAUUCAAAUUUGGAUACCAGAUCUGAAGAAAUUUAGAUUGUUGAAAUCUUCCAAAUUUAAUCGCUCCACAUUUUGUGUUCCUUAUGAGUGCUUCAUUGGGUUAUGACUUAUGAGAGUUCAGGUAACAAACAUUCCUUGCUGUAUUUAGUGGAGACCAUAUUCAUCAUUUAGAUAGUUGGGUUUUUUCCGUUAUAUUUGGUUGAUUAUUGUUAAUGAGAAUGAUAUAAAAUACUAAGUUUAAUUUUUGGCCGUAAUAAUACUUUAAGUUAUAAUUUUAGAAUUUCUGUAAGUACCUUAUUACAAAGUGUUAAAAAAUUACUUCAUAACAA